UACGUUUUCCUCAAUUCGGGAUGUCCUGCGCCUGCGCCGUGCGUGAGACCGUGGUCAUUAACUUAGUGAGUGCGGUCCGCUCGGAAUGACCGUUGGGAGCAGCGUCUCAAAAAGGUCAUGAUUAUUAUGGUCCAGCUUUUGUGAGGAUCCCGGGGAUGUUGUGAUGUUUUGCUUUUGAACUCUCCGUCGGCGGUUUGUUUUAGUGUUUUGACUUCCUUCAUCAGAUUUCAACGCUCUUUCAGAGGAAUCAUGCUGGAGUUGGAGAAAGUAGCGCGCUGGGAUGCGGUACCGUUGCUCACGUGCCUGGUUCUCGUCGUCCCCCGGAUCUUGGACGAGAACUCCAAAGUUCGCUAUUACUUCUGCUACCUGGCCGGGUAUUGCUACGGCAUCCUCCUGGCAACAAUCCUCUUCCCGCUUUUCUUGCUCCGACCGGGGAACCAUGCUGUGAAACGAUUUGGAGCUGAUCUAUACAAACGUAUCACCCAUGUCAUAGGCGUGUCCUGGGAGAUUCGCAACGCUCACAUUUUGGCUGAAGAUCGAGGGGCAGUCAUUUGCUCUAAUCAUCAGUCCAUGCUAGAUGCCUUAGGAGUGGUUCAUGCGUUGGGAAUUCUGAGAAAAGCCACGGCUAUAGCUAAGAAGGAGGUGUUGUACGUUUUGCCUGUCGGGAUAGUUCUGUGGCUGUCCGGAAUGGUUUUCAUAGACCGUAAAGAACCAGCUCAAGCUUUGAAAAGGAUUGAGGCUGCCUCUGAGGCUAUCCAUCAAAAGGUUAAACUGUGGAUUUUUCCGGAAGGAACACGGAAUAAGAGAGGGGACAAACUUCUUCCAUUUAAAAGAGGGGCUUUCCAAGUAGCCAUCCAAUGUCAAGCUCCUAUCAUUCCCAUGGUCUAUUCGCCGUAUUACUUCAUCGAUGGGAGCAAACAGCGCUUCCGAAGAGGCAAAAUGAUCAUUGACGUUCUCGAGCCGAUCCCUACCGAAGGGCUCACUUUAGAUGACCUGGACACUCUGAGGCAACGAGUCUACGAUGUUAUGUCCUCCGCUUAUGACAAACUUAAGCUGGAAGUCAAACAAUUCGCAUAGAGCAUCCCUCUUGCGACCAGUUAGCGUCGAUGUCCUCCUUUUAUUUAUUUAUUUCUAUUUCCAUUGAGCCUGAUUUGAACUACAUUUGAGCUGAAAGGAACUAUGUGCAAAUUAAUAAAAUCGAAAAGAACUUUGGAGCAUGCAAACCCUUUGCACAUGGUUCAUUUUCGUUUAAUUAAUUUUCACAUACAUACGUCUAUUUGAAUGUUUCACUCGUUUGCUGCGGUGCCAGGAGGGAACGCGGUUAAUGCUUCGGACAAAACCAAAUUUCUAGGGACAAAAUAGGAUUUCUCUAUUUCUGAAAAACUUGUAAAUAUUUUCAUCUUCCAAUUUUUUGCUAAUUUUGUUUGAAAUUUAAUGUGAAGUACUUCAAAAGUUUAAGGGGAAGUAAGUGAUAUCUUUCCUGGAGAAUUAAUAUUUUAUAGCGGGAAAUUUGGCAACAUUUAGAAGUUCAUGCGCCAUUUUUCCGCGGCACGAUAGUAUGCUUCUCCACGUAUAAUGCCCACACUGAAAUAAGAAGGAACGGUUUGAGAGACGGUAAUAUGAGCAUACGCUAAUCGCACCAACAAACCUUAUUGUGGCGCAAAUCCCGUAGCUCUAAUCGCACUCACCAUACGUAUGGUAAAUACUACCAAAUGUCUGGUUAUUUUUACCCUAUAGUAUCACUGCGACAAAAAUCAAGUAGACUGAUGGUAUACUCAGGUGCUAGUAUAAUCACGGACGAUUACGUGUCUUGUAACUUGGUAAAAAAGUCUUACUAGUAAUUAUUUGUUGUUUCCUUCGAUUCAUGCUUGAGCAAGUGACGUCCAGGGAUGUAACGUGGUGUUUUGUCGCACAUCGUGUCCACCAAGUACCAGAAAAAGGUUCAAAUUUUGUAACAAUUUUUAAGAAAACAAUAUGUUUCAUUUUUGUGGUAGAGCGGCGUGGUGAUGGUGGCUGGAUCAAGAGCAUGGAAGUCACCUUAAAAGCUCUCUACUCCUGUCUGUGAUAUGUAUAUUUUUGUAUGACUUGUGCACAUUAGUUCACACAGAACAUAAUAAAAAAACAUUUUGUUACU